UGAAUUACUUUCUUUAUGACUCGCUCUAUGAUAUUAAUUAAUUUAAAUUUAUAUAUCAAAGGUUUUUAAGUGCGGUGGAGGUUGUCUUGUCAGCAAAGGAGGGUGUGGAAUGAAUAUCAAAGAAGAAUGUGGAAGACAAAGCAGAAACAUUUGAAUGCUACCAACAGUUGACAAAACGUCUUUUUAUGGUCAUUGUGGGGUCAUACUUUCCCCUCUUCACUAUAUUUAUACCCUUACUCUUCCACCACCUCUUCACAUCACUUCCUCUCCCUUCUUAAUAAUCUUAUCUUAGAAUAACAAGACUAGCUCCAUAGUACAGUAAUGGCUGAUUCAGGUGGAUCUUCGGGGAGAAUGUGGUGCUCCAUACCAGAACGGUUUCAGCUGCAUGCGGCCAUGUUGGCCCUGCAGUUUGGAUAUGCUGGUUUCCAUGUCGUCUCAAGAGCUGCCCUUAACAUGGGUGUUAGCAAACUUGUUUUCCCAGUUUACCGCAAUAUUAUUGCUUUUCUUCUCCUCCUUCCUUUUGCCUACUUCUUGGAAAAGAAGGAGAGGCCAGCUAUUACUUUCAACUUUCUCUUGCAGUUCUUUGGUCUUGCCCUUGUCGGGAUUACAGCCAACCAGGGUUUCUAUUUGCUUGGCUUGGACAACACAUCUCCAACCUUUGCAUCAGCUAUACAGAAUUCUGUACCAGCCAUUACAUUUGUCAUGGCAGUCAUACUCAGAAUAGAAAAGGUGCGGUUGAACAGAAAGGAUGGAAUAGGAAAGGUGGCAGGAACAUUGUUUUGUGUUGCAGGAGCAUCAGUAAUUACACUAUACAAAGGUCCAACAAUAUACAGUCCAGUUCCACCUCUAAACAGCAUUAUUAUUAAUGGUGGCAGUGAGUCAAUCUCAAUUUCAUCAUCAUCACUGGGAUUGGGAGAUGCAAAAGGAAAAAACUGGACCCUUGGAUGUUUGUACCUUAUAGGACAUUGUUUGUCAUGGUCUGGUUGGCUGGUGUUGCAAGCACCUGUCCUUAAGAAGUAUCCGGCUCGCCUCUCUGUCACUUCCUAUACAUGUUUCUUUGGACUUAUCCAAUUUCUCAUUAUUGCUUUGAUCCUUGAAAGAGAUGCUCAGGCUUGGAUUUUCCAAUCUGGUGGAGAAGUUUUUACUAUUUUGUACGCGGGAGUAGUGGCAUCAGGAAUUGCAUUCGCUGUACAGAUAUGGUGCAUUGAUAGAGGAGGUCCAGUUUUCGUUGCGGUGUAUCAACCUGUUCAAACUCUUGUUGUUGCUAUUAUGGCUUCCCUUGCUUUAGGAGAAGAGUUCUAUUUGGGAGGGAUCAUUGGAGCAGUGUUAAUCAUUGUGGGGUUAUACCUAGUCUUGUGGGGUAAAAAUGAAGAAAAGAAAUUUGCAAGGGAGCUGGCAGCAAUCACUUCCACUCCGGAGCAUAGUAACAUAAUCAGGUCCUCAAGCCAUCAUGCCAAAACAUCACUUUCUCAACCUCUUCUCCCUUCAUCAACGGAAAAUGUUUGAUCAAGAAAACUCUAACUUGAAACUGGCUCAGCAUUAUCUCGAAAAGAUAUAUAAAAAAAAAAAAAAAAAAAAAAAGGAAAUCAAAGAAAAAUGAAGAAAAUGCUACCACGGCCAGAUAUACAUUACUACUACUUUAUGUCAGGAAGCUUGUGUGUUUAUGAAUGGGUUUGCUUUUGGUUAAUUCAAAGUGCUUUCUUACUGGGAUAACAUGUAGAAUGAGGUUUUUUAUGGGAAUGAUUGCAACGAUAGAUGUCAAUUAAAUUUGGGCUUAGAGCCUGAAAUCCCAUUAUGCCUAAAUGUUAAUUAAAUGGUUUGAUUUACAAAAGGAUAUUA